AUGCUUGGUGACUCGGAGCCUGUCAGAUUUUUUUCGUCCCAGCCCAUUAUCAAACCAGCAAUAACGCUUCAUACAACCGAGCCCAUGGAGCGGUACCAAAAGCUGGAGAAGGUUGGCGAGGGCACGUAUGGUGUAGUAUACAAGGCCAAAGAUCGCGUGACGGGUGAGGUGAUUGCGCUUAAGAAGAUCAGGUUGGAAGCUGAGGACGAAGGCAUCCCCAGUACAGCCAUCCGCGAGAUUUCGCUGCUCAAGGAGCUGCAGCACUGCAAUAUCGUUCGCUUGUACAAUAUCGUACACACGGAGCGAAAGCUUACGCUUGUGUUCGAGUACCUGGAUCAAGACCUGAAGAAGUACCUGGACGUAUGUGAGAAGGGACUGGAGAAGCCAAUUCUCAAGUCUUUUCUGUAUCAACUGUUGCGCGGCAUCGCCUACUGCCACCAGCAUCGAGUACUACAUCGUGAUCUGAAACCGCAGAACUUGCUGAUCAACCGCGAAGGAGAACUCAAGCUUGGCGACUUCGGUUUGGCACGUGCAUUUGGUAUCCCUGUAAGGAGCUAUACGCACGAGGUCGUAACGCUUUGGUACCGCGCGCCUGACGUGCUCAUGGGAUCACGGAAAUACUCGACGCCUGUUGACAUUUGGAGUGUGGGCUGCAUUUUUGCUGAGAUGGCCAACGGUGGCCCGCUGUUUGCAGGCACGUCGGAGGCUGACCAACUUGACCGAAUCUUCCGCUUGAUGGGCACACCUACGAUCGAGAUUUACCCGGCCAUUGUGGACCUUCCGGACUAUAGACGAGACUUCCCGGUUUACCCGACACCGGAUAGCUUGGCUCACCUUGUGCCAACGCUGGAUGCGGAAGGUGUGGAUUUGCUAGAGCAGAUGUUGCAGUACGACCCUGCAAAGCGAAUUACAGCUGCCGACGCUAUGGUCCACCCCUAUUUUAGCGACUUAUCCCCAGCGCUAACUGAGAGUCAGUGA